UGCGGCUGUUCGCUGAGCUUGUCCUUCUUCACUGUUUCAUUUCCUGCUCUCCAGAAUAUCCAGGUGGCUUUGCCACUGCAUCUGUCUCUCUGUGACCUGCAGGUACUGGGAGAUCCGUAGGGAGGACGCAGGAACACCUGGAAGCCGGGAAAUGCUGUGUCUUCUUAUUUCACUCAAGACCUUUUGCCAGGGCAAGGCAUAAGAGAGUCAUUUCAAAAAGUAAUACUGAAAAGACAUGGAAGUUUUGGCCUUGAUAAUUUACAUUUAAGAAAAGACGGAAUAAUGAGUCAGCAUAAGUGGCAGAAAGAAAGCUAUAAUGGGCUUAGCCAAUGUUCAUCAACUAUCCAUAGCAAAAUCUCACAAUGUGGUACAUUUGCCAAAGCUUUUACCCAGUGCUCAGUCCUUACUGGACAUAACAAAAUUGAUACUGGAGAGAAAGCUUACAGUUGUGAAAAUUGUGGAAAAAGUUUUAACCACUACUUGAGCCUUAUUCAGCAUAAGAUAAUUCAUACUGGAGGGAAACCUUACAAAUGUGAACAAUGUGACAAAACCUUUAAGUGGUUCUCAGUCUUUACUCAGCAUAAGAGAAUUCAUACUGGAGAGAAACCCUACAAAUGUAAAGAAUGUGAAAAAUCUUUUAAUCAGUGCUCACUCCUCACCAAACAUAGGAGAAUACAUACUGGAGAGAGACCCUACAAAUGUGAAGAAUGUGGGAAAUCUUUUAACCAGUGCUCAAACCUUACCCGACAUAAGAUAAUUCAUACUGGAGAGAAACCCUACGAAUGUGAACAGUGUGGCAAAGCCUUUAAGUGGUUCUCGAUCUUUACUCAACAUCAGAUAAUUCAUACUGGAGAAAAACCUUACAAAUGUGAAGAAUGUGGGAAGUCUUUUAACAAGUGCUCAAUUCUUAAUCAACAUAAGAUAAUUCAUACUGGCGAGAAACCAUACAAAUGUGAAGAAUGUGGGAAAUCUUUUAACCAGUGCUCAAACCUUACUCAACAUAAGAUAGUUCAUACUGGAGAGAAACCCUACAAAUGUGAACAAUGUGGAAAAUCUUUUAACAGAUGCUCAAGCCUUAUUCAACAUAAGAUAAUUCAUACUGGAGAAAAACCAUACAAAUGUGAAGAAUGUGGAAAAUCUUUUAAUCAUUGCUCAAGCCUUACUCAACAUAAAAUAAUUCAUACUGGAGAGAAACCUUACAAAUGUGAACAAUGUGGAAAAUAUUUUAAACAGUGCUCAGCCCUUGCUAAACAUAAGAAAACACAUACUUGAGAAAAAUUAUACAAAUAUGAAGAAUGUGGAAAAUCUUUUAACCAGUGCUCAAGCCUUACUCAACAUAAGAUAAUUCAUACUAGAAGAAAAAUUCUGGAAACAUAAAACAGCCUUUAAUAACUGCUCACAUCUUCCCAACAUCAGAGAAUUCAUGCUAGAUAAAAGCAGUAUAAGUGUAAUGAUUCUGGCACAAUCUUUCACUCAAUAUAAACCUUAGAGUGUACAAGAAUAUACUGAUGAAAAACAUAAAUGCACAAACUAGUGUUAUCCUUUACUUCUAUCACAGAGCUUAUUCUACACAGGAGAAUUGUUUCACAGGAAGUAACCUGCCAACAGUUGC